UCAAAUUUGUAAUUGGCUUUGUGUUUUUUUAAUUCAUAAUUUUAGGAUUAAUAUAAUUUUGCAAUAAAAUUAUUUCUUUAAAGUCAAAGUUUACGACUCAUUAUAUAUAAUGCUAGUAUAAAAUUUACACCUACAACUCGUUUGAUUAAAAAAGAAUGAAUGUACUUACAUAUCGAAUUUAAUAAUGACGAAGGCUAUUGAUAUAAGGACCGAAUGGUCUCGUGAAUUAAAUGUUGAAUUUAUAAACGAUUAUAAAAAGUUAAAAGUAAUAUGGGAUCCAAAACUGCGGCAUUUAAAAGCUGACAGAAUUCACGCUGUGAAGAGUUUAUGUGAAAAAUACAAACUUACACCGGAUGAAGUGCGUGGAAGAAUUAAAGUUCUUAGAACAAGUUUUCAUAGAGAACAUAUUAAGGUUCUCAAGAACUCAAAUUCAGAUGAACCAUAUGCUCCGAAAUGGUAUGGAUAUGAAUUAAUGAAAUUUAUAAUUGAUGAUGCAGGAAAAUAUGAGAGAAAAGUAAAAAAUGAAACAGACGACUCAUUUCAUAUAAGUGAUGCGACUAUUUUUGACAUAAACUUUUUAAAUUAUGAGCAAUUAAAACAUAAAGAAAGUGAUUCCCAUACUAAUAUUGAAAAUGGUAGUCACGAACACGAUCCAGAAUUAAUUACUCAACCUGAUAUAGAUGACAUGGGUGAGAAAGCAAUUUUUAAAUCUCCAAAAUAUUUUAGAAAAAGUGACAAUAAAAGUGGCUCCGAAGAUAAACCGCAAGAAAUUACAGUUAAAUGCGAUAACUUACUAUUCAAUUCCAAAGAUUGUAUAGACCUAAAUAAUGACGAUUUAAAUGCUUCUGUAAACAACAGUAAUUCGAGUACUAACACAAAUAUGGAAGAACUUGAAAAGUCAUCUUACAAAGUUACCAAAGUAUGCACACCAAAUCUUCGGGAAGGUAAUUGUUCCGAUCUUCCUAUUUGUCAUUGCCAUUGGAAUAAUAGAGAUAGGGAUGAAUUUGUAAUUUUUGGCGAAAAUGUUGCAGUGACAUUGAAAAAUUUAAAAAAUAGUAAAAGUAAAAUAAUAGCAAAACAUAUGAUAAACAACAUACUAUUUGAAGCCCAAAUGGGAAAAUUCGACCAAUAACGAACACUUACUUAUUUCAGAAAUUUUUAAAGUUAAUUUUAAAUUUUAUAAGAGGCAAAUAUAGUUAGUUAUGUUUUAAGAUAAA